AUGGACACGCUGAGGAACCGGACGGUGGAGGAACUCCAGGAGCUGCAGGACAACGCGGAGGAAAUCGAACGCCUGGCCCUGGAAUCCCGGGAGGUUCAGGAGCUGCAGCUGGAAAGGGAGAUGGCCCUCGCUUCCAACCGCAGCUUGGCCGAGCAGAACCUGAAAUUCCAGGCGCCGCUGGAGACGGGACGCGCCGACCUCUCCGACAGAUACGAAGAGCUGCGGAAGCUGGCUGAGCGCUGUCGGGAGCAGAAGGCAAAACUGGAGAAGUUUUCGGCGGCGAUGCACCCUCAGACCUUGCUGGAUCUCCUGCAGGUGGAAAGCCAGAAGAUCGAGGAGGAGUCUGAGAAAAUGGCCGAGAUGUUCCUGCAGGGCGAGGUGCCGCUGGAGACCUUCCUCGAGCGGUUUUCCGUCAUGAGGAAGUUGUCCCACUUACGCCGGGUCAGAGCGGAGAAGCUCCAGGAGAUUGUGAGGAAGUCGGAAGCGCCGCAGGAGCCGGGCAGGGACUCUGGGCAGCAGUUGCCUCCUCGCCCGCCUGCUCCCGCAGACGCGCCGCAGCCCUUCCCGGCCGGAGCUCCUUCCUUCCCUUUGCCCUACAGCCCGGCCCCGAACAUGCCGGUUGGCCCCACG